AUGGCUACGUUACGCUUUGGGCAGCACAUCAUAAAGUCCUCGGCUGUGUUUUUGAAGACGGAGUUGUCCUUUGCACUAGUCAACCGAAAGCCGGUCGUGCCUGGCCAUGUUCUAGUUUGUCCUCUUCGCAUUGUCUAGAGAUUUUGAGAUCUUCACCCUGAUGAGGUGGCAGAUCUGUUCAUGACCACACAGAAAAUAGCCAGCGUGAUUGAGAAACACUUCCAGUUAUCCUGCCUAACCAUCGCCAUACAGGACGGACCUGAGGCAGGACAGACGGUGAAGCAUGUCCAUGUUCACGUGCUUCCGAGGAAGGCUGGAGACUUUGAGAAGAACGACAGCAUCUAUGAUGAGCUCCACAAACAUGACCAGGAAAGCGAGGAUGGUCCUUCCAAAUGGAUAUCAGAAGAGGAGAUGGCCAAAGAGGCGACAGAAUUACGCAGCCUCUUCAACUAG